UACGUGUAGCCUGGCUUUAGCUGGCUUAGCAUUAGCAACACAUAGCUAGGCGGAGGCGCAACAAGCUCCCUGAACGCCGAAAUAAGUACUCUAUUUUGAUUUUUUUCCUUGGAAUUCGCGCAACUAGUUUAUGGUUUUAUAUCCCUGGACUAACAAUUGAACCUGACGUGGCCCAAAAAAGAUGGUGAUGGCGUCGUCAUGUGUGCAGCCAGCACUGUGUGUGUGGAGAUGGUUUUAACAGACGCUGUUCUGGAGGACUCAGGAACACUGCACUGGCCUGGAGAAGCCUCAUAAACAAACACGCACACGUACACAACACACACCUGCACACAAGAAGAUUUACACAUACACCACGCCACCGCCGUGCCUUGAGAAAGGACACAGGCGCACGGAUACAUAACACAAGCUUCACCUGAAGCACGCACACACAUUUAAGCUCUUGGUGUGUGUUAGACUCUCUACCCAUACAUCAUUGGUGUUCUAUCUCCUCUCCUGUGUGAGAGCGUGCAUUUUAUUUCUUCCCAUCUGUCCCACCCCCACCGCCACCAUGCCGAGGUCCACCAUCCGCCGGCAGAUGAAGAACAUGGUGAACAACUACUCUGACGCCGAGAAGAAAGUCAGAGAGGCCACUUCCAAUGACCCCUGGGGCCCGUCGUCUUCGCUCAUGUCCGAGAUCGCCGACCUCACUUACAACGUGGUCGCCUUCAGCGAGAUCAUGAGCAUGAUCUGGAAGAGGCUCAACGACCACGGCAAGAACUGGCGCCACGUCUACAAGGCGCUCACUUUGCUCGACUACCUGAUCAAGACAGGCUCGGAGCGAGUGGCGCUGCAGUGCAAGGAGAACAUCUUCGCCAUCCAGACUCUGAAGGACUUCCAGUACAUCGACAGAGACGGCAAAGACCAGGGCAUCAACGUCAGGGAGAAGAGCAAGCAGCUUGUGGUCCUACUGAAAGACGAGGACCGCCUCAAAGGAGAGAGGUCUCAGGCUUUGAAGACCAAAGAGCGUAUGGCCCAGGUGUCCACUGGGAGCAGUCAGAUGGGUUUUGGCCGAGGCUCGUCUCAACCCAACCUCUCCACUUCCUACAGCGAAGAGUAUGGCAGAUCAGAGGGCUCACCUGCGUCCUACCAUGGCUCCACGUCUCCCAACGCCGGCUCAGAACUGGAGCAGGCCAGACCUCAGACCAGCGGAGAGGAGGAGCUACAGCUGCAGCUGGCUCUGGCCAUGAGCAGAGAGGCUGCAGAGCAGGAGGAGCGCAUACGCAGAGGGGACGACCUGAGACUACAGAUGGCCUUGGAGGAGAGUAAGAAAGGAGGCUCAGAUUCAGCAAAACUGCCCAAGAAGAAGAAAGAGCCACAGUCGUCUUUGAUGGACCUGAUGGAUGUCCCAGAGCCAGGUGCCAGCGCUGACCCCUGGGGCGCAGGGGCCGGGGCUGGUGCCGGAGCCGGGGCAGGGGCAGCCGCUGCAUCCGAAGACCCCUGGCAGUCUUAUGGGUCUGCACCUAAGCCAGCAGCCCCAGUGGACCCAUGGGGUGCUACUCCUUCUGUCCCACCCAUGAAAAGCAGUGAUCCCUGGGCAUCAAACUCCACCCCUGCCGCUGACCCAUGGGGCUCCGCAGCUGCCCGCCCUAAGACUUCCAACACAGGUAACUUUGACCUGUUCAAUGCAUCCAACGGUACGUCUAAAGAGGACUUCUCAGAAUUUGACAGCCUGCGCUCUUCCUCCUCUGUCCCCACUGGUGACGGGGGCGUAGCAUCCUCUAUCCCCUCCCAAGGCAGCCUUGCAAGCAGCGGCAGCCUAGACCUCUUCGACCCCCUGCCCACCUCCACAUCUGUCACCACAAAUCCAACUAGAAAGACCCCGGAGUCCUUCCUGGGUCCUAAUGCUGCUCUGGUCAAUCUGGACUCUCUGGUGACCAAACCAGCCCAGCCUGCACCAGUCAUCAACCCCUUCUUAGCUUCAACAGGUGGUGCCGCUGCUCCAGCUCCAGCAAACCCCUUCCAAGUGAGCCAGCCAGCCCCUCCAACCCUCAACCAGAUGCGGGUCAGUCCCAUGCCCCCCGGCUUUGGCAUGGCGGAGCCCAUGGCCCUCUCCUCCCUGCCCGCUCAGCCCAUCACCAUGGUCCCCCUGGCAGGCAUGGCCCCCAUGGCGCGCACGAUGCCCGGAAUGGGAGUCGGCACUAUCGGAGGCGUGGGGAUGUCCAUGCCCCAGCCCCUGAUGAGCAUGCCACCCCAGGCCGGGACGCAGCCCACCGGAACCACCAACCCCUUCCUUUUGUGAGGGGGCGACUGGGGGACGACUUGCCCCUGAGUACCCUCUCCUCUCUCUCUGUCUCCCUCGUCCACUUUGGCUCCUUUAGAAGCUUCAAAAUGAACAAGGAGAUCCCAUGUAUCCCUUUAUAAUCAACUCCUGGCCAGGUCGUAGUCCCAGCCUGGCUCCCCCCCCCACCUUAACACACUCCUGUACUCCUUCUUCCUCCAUCUCUUUGUCUCAGUGCUACAA